AUGAUUAUCAGGUCGAUAGGGGUGAGGAGAAUACCACAAUGUGCAUCAGUGCUUGUCAACUAUGCUUCUUCCUCUGAAAUGUAUUAUAACCAAAAACGAUAUAUUUCCACAAGCAUCCGUCAGCCAAUGUCACUGAUACCAACAGCAAGUAGUUUAGUUGCUGCUUCACCUUCAAAUAUAAAACCAUAUCUACAACUGAUGAGAGUUGAUAAACCUAUUGGGACUUGGUUAUUAUAUUGGCCAUGCACAUGGAGUAUAGCAAUGGCUACUCCGGCUGGUCAGUUGCCUUCUCUCUACAUGCUUUCCUUAUUCGGAACAGGAGCAUUUCUUAUGCGAAGUGCCGGAUGUGUCAUCAACGAUUUAUGGGAUAAAGAUUUCGAUAAACAAGUGGAGCGUACUAAAUUGAGACCGUUAGCAUGUGGGUUGUUAUCUGAAAAGCAAGCAGUCGGUCUUUUGGCGGGGCUCCUAAGUUCAUCUCUGGCGAUUUUGUUGCAAUUAAACUGGUUUAGUGUUGCGGUCGGAGCUUCUUCAAUGGCAUUGGUUGUUGGAUACCCAUUGGCUAAACGAUACACUUAUUGGCCUCAGUUUAUGCUAGGGUGGUAUCUGCAUCUUUUAGAAAACAGUAGUCUUACUCAGCUUCUCUCACUUUUCCAUUCUCGCUUUUUUCUCAUUAUCCUACCAAAUCCUCUUUUCUCUCAUAGUACAGGACUCACUUUCAACUGGGGAGCUCUACUCGGAUGGGCUGCAUUAAAGGGUGAUCUGUCGUCUUCUGCACCGUUCUGGAUGUAUGCAGCUGCACUCCAAUGGACGCUUGUUUACGAUACUAUUUAUGCACAUCAGGACAAAGCAGACGACAUCAUGAUUGGUGUGAAGUCAACAGCUCUUCGACUAGGAGCUGAUACCAAAAAAUGGCUAUCUGCGUUUGGAGUUGGAACUGUUGCAUCUCUAACUGCUUGUGGGAUGGCAAGUGACCAAACAUGGCCAUACUACGUAGCAUUGGCUGCUACAACCGCACAACUUGGAUGGCAAAUCGGAUCAGUUGAUAUUGACAAUGGAGCCGAUUGUUGGGACAAGUUCAAGUCGAAUUCGUGGAUGGGAAUCAUUCUUUUCACUGGAAUAGUGAUGUCAACAUUACUGAAAGAGAAAGAGGAUCCAAAACAGUCAAAGAAUGCAGCCACAUUGGAAGUGGAAGAUAUAGACGAUGUCGUUGUUAGCUGA